AUGGCUAAAGAGAGCCAACUUCUGGACGAAAGUGUUGUCAACAACAAUAACAAUAACGAAGACAAUUGUCACUCGUGUUCACAUCCCGUGCCAUCCGCUGACCACAAGACGGUCACCACAACCACAUCCAUAAGCCCUUCCACUCCACACAAUACACCUCACAAUAGGGUUAGUCUUCAGCGACUUUCGGCCGAAAAGAGGGGCAAAAGAGUGAAGUUUUUCCUCAAUGGAGACAAAUAUUUCAAAGGCUUUGUCUAUGCCUUCAAUGAUAAGACAAUUCGCACUUUCGAUGCCCUCAUCCAAGACCUGAACCGACUCUUCAGACAUCACGUAAGUCUGCCGUCAAUUGAUCCCAACAUUUGA